CAUUUGCAGUAAAUCGCCGAGAAGUCGUGGGAAAAUUAAAAACCAUGUAAAUAAACUAAAAUUAACCACCUUUUCAAGAUGAAUUUCAAGUGAUCGCCAUUAUGCAUUUAACCCGCCUGACCUGUGUAGCAUCUUAGAUAUCUGUUCUAAGGUAUUCAUUGUGUAGAAUGUCAUGUUAUGCCCUUGCAAUGCUAAUCCCACACUGAUUUUUUUUGUUUACAUUUUUAUCAAUGAGAAAUAUGGCGUCCAUCCCGAGCUGAAAUGACAUGGCGUUAAAUUUUUACAUGUUUAAGCAAACCUGGUGUGUUAGAAAGAAAAUCUCAUCCCUUCAACAUUAUUUGGAACACUGUUAUUGUAAAAAACCUGUUUUUUCCUUAUACAAAAGCUUAAUAUUUUGUGUUGAAUGUACUUUCACAAAGACCUCUGUUUUCCUAUUACAUUCAUAGUACCACAUCCUUACACACAAAAUACUGAAUAUUACAGGUGUCCAUCAGUAUUAUAUCAGUUUAGGAAUAUGUUUUUUAUUUUCCCACCAUCGAUUUCUUGAAUAUGCACCCCUUCCGCAUUUCUGUAUGAACUGUGAAUGUAGCAAUAUGCGUCCCCUUAACUAUUUUAUAAUCUUUAUUAUGUUAAUAGAGCUUGUAUAACUGGUCUUAAGAAACAUUAAUAUACUAUAUACCUAUGAAGAUCUUAAAAUUCUGUAAAUACAAGAAAUGUAAUGCUAAGAUAUUUUGUAAAAAAAAAGAUAAACAAGCGUGUAAGCGGAACUAGAGCAUGGAACCUUUCAUUCUAAUUUUAACAUCCGUGUUGAUUUAGCAUGUAAACUUUAUGGUUUACUGUUUCGAAUUUUGAGAACGAAGAAAUCACUAUAUCAGUGUAAUAUAGACUGGAUUAGAGAUGGUGGAGCAACUUCUUAUUGAAAAUGCUAAGCUGCCUAUGAUGCAGCUGGUUAGGAAAAGAUAUAAAGGAAUUCAAAUGGUGGAAAAUGAAAUUGAGCAAAUUGAAAAGAUGGACACAAGAGAGGACGAUAUAUGGGUCUGUUCGUACCCAAGAUCAGGGACAACUCUUGCACAAGAGAUGACGUAUUUGAUUCAAACGUUAGACUUCGAGACUGCAAAGAGUGUCAAACUUGAUGACCGAUUUCCAAUAAUCGAAUUUAAGGAUGAUAGAUACCCUUGUUACAGAGGUAUUAAAUACAUCGAACAAAUGGAAUCCCCUCGGAUGAUCAAAACACAUCUACAUCAUUUCCUGCUACCGGAGCAACUACAGAAAGGAAAAGGAAGGAUAAUAUAUAUUGCUAGAAAUCCAAAGGAUGCUUUAACGUCAUACUUUCGCAUGAUGGAAUUGGCAAACGAAUUGGCAGAGGACGAAAAAACACUCGACCUUCUAGCUGAUGGAUUUAUCAAGGGAACAGGAUAUGCCUGUCCAUGGACAAGGCACGUGUUGGAAUACUGGGAAAGACAGAAUGCCAGUCAAGUUUUAUUCCUAAAAUAUGAGGAAGUAGUGCGGGAUAAGCUUGCUGCCGUUAGACGCAUUGCAGACUUUCUUGGACGUAAACUUACGGAAGAUGAUAUAUCCAGAAUAGCUGACCACUGCAGUGUGGCCAAUAUGCGAGAUAAUCCCGCAGUCAAUAAUUCUUACUGGGUAGAAUUUAAGAAAAUGAACUUCGAAAAUGGUGCUCGCUUUAUCAACGAAGGUGUUCCUGGUACAUGGCAGAAGUUUCUGAAGCCUGAACAAAGUUCGAAAAUCGAUGAAAUGAUUCGUGAAGUAGCAAAGUCAGGUCUAAUUCUUGAACACACGUCUGAGCCUAUUCCAAGUAGCACUGAAACAACUUAAAGCAUCGAUUUUUCUUUCAAAUCAUAUCCCGUCCUUGAAUAACGUGUUUAUAGAACACAUAGGAACACGAUUUUUAUAUGUGGAGAACUCACUAAUUUUCAGAGGAAACGUUUCAAGUUAUCUUUGAUUGAAACAUUCAUACCAGUGAACUUUUCAUUUCAUUAUACCCCCACCAAACAUGGUGGGGGGGGGGGGGGGAGAGGGGGUAUAUAGGAGUCAGUUUUGUCGCGUCGCGUCCCGUCGCGUCCCGAAAUCUAUUAUCUCAGUUAUUACUAAAUGAAUUUGAUUCAAACUUAAAAUAGAUGUUCCACCUUAUCACCCACAUCAUGUGACACAAUGUCCAUAACUCUGACACCAAGUUUUCAUGAAUUAUGUCCCCUUUUGCUUAGAAUUUAAGGUUAAUUUUGUUGUAUUUUCACUAUAUCUCAGUUAUUACAAAAUGGAUUUGAUUCAAACUUAAAAUAGUUAAUCCACCUCAUCACCCACAUCAUGUGACAUAAGGUGCAUAACUCUGACACCAAUUUUUUAUGAAUUAUGUCCCCUUUUUACUUUAAAUUUAAGGUUGAUUUUGAUGUAUUUUCACUAUAUCUCAGUUAUUACAAAAUGGAUUUUAUUCAAACUUAAAAUAGAUGUUCCACCUCAUCACCCACAUCAUGUGACACAAGGUGCAUAACUCUGACACCAAUUUUUUAUGAAUUAUGCCCCUUUUUACUUAGAAUUUAAGGUUAAUUUUGAUGUAUAUUCACUGUAUCUCAGUUAUUACAAAAUGGAUUUGAUUCAAACUUAAAAUAGAUGUUCCACCUCAUCACCCACAUCAUGUGACACAAGGUGCAUAACUCUGACACCAAAUUUUCUUGAAUUAUGUCCCCUUUUACUUAGAAUAUAAGGUUAAUUUUGAUGUAUUUUCACUAUAUCUCAUUCUGAUUGGCUUAGGGCCAAAGGGAAGUAACCUUUUUUUAACUUUUAUACUGAGUUUCUUCCCCUUAAAUUCCAGGAAUUAGUCUAUUUUUAGAAAUCCUAUUUUUAGAUUUUCAAUAUUUUAGGUAGUUUUCUAACUUUUUCAUUAUCAGUCCUUUGUAAAAAGUAAAUACAUUUUUCUGUGGUAACAUGGGUCGGUAAGCGCUUUUUUGUAUUCACUUUUAGUGUAUCCCUAAUAUUAGAGAUUUUUUAUAUUUACCUCAUCCCUCAUCCAGGGCACAUAAUUAUACUAGUAUUACUUAUAUGUGGUAGCCCAGGAUGAAGUACUCCAAAGGUGAGUAAACUUCUUUUUAAGUAUUAAGCUUUUUUGACAUUUUUAUAUUAUUCUAAGUAUUUUUAAGAUUACUUAUGGUUGCCAUUCUUCUGUGACAAGACCGUAUGGUGGGGGUAUGAGUCACUCCUGUGACAGUUCUAGUUUAUCAUUGACAAUAGAUAAAUGGUACACAGCUGCUGAGGCAUUUUGUACAAAGACAUAAUAUAGUACUAAGUAUUUUAUUAGACAUUUUAAUAAGCUUUUAUAUGGAUUGUCAAGAUAAUAGAACUAAUGAUAUCUGUACAUUGACAUUUAUAAUUUAUUGUAUACGAUUAUAUAAUUACCAGUACCCUAAUGAGAAUACUCCUAUUGGCUUAAAAUCACAAGCUUCAAUAUAUUCCGUCCUACUUUAGGAAGCAGUAGUCAGUGGUAUAAAGUUAACCGCUUUUGCAAAUAAUCAAGACAUUAUAGCUCAACUAAGCCAUCUUGUUUCCUUCAGAAUGAAUAACAAACUGAAAUGAUUUCACUGUAUGUAUAUAGAUAGUAAUUUCAACUGUUAUUACCCAUACAACUGGAAACUAAAAUUAAAGAAUAGCACAGUCUACACUAAAAGAAACUAAAUUUUAUAGACCAACAUUCCCCCCUGUUUUAUUUUCAAGAGAAACUAAAAAUAUAGAUAGUAAUUUCAACUGUUAUUACCCAUACAACUGGAAACUAAAAUUAAAGAAUAGCACGGUCUACAGUAAAAGGAACUAAACAAUAUAGAUAGAAUCUUUAGUACAAUUAUCCCUACACAUAGAAACUAAAACAGAUGUAAAAAAAAACUUUGAUCUUUUAAUAAAAUAUUCCAUUAUCCUU